AUGAGGAUAUAUCUUUUAGCACUUCUACCAGUAUUAACUCUAGCGCAAAAUGGAGAAGAAGCAGUUGAGAACGCGGAAAACUUUAGGAGACUUUAUGGAAUCGCUUCAAAAAUCAUGGAGCUCAGCGGUAACAUCAUGAAUGGAAAUGGCGGAAGCGAUCAAGAGAUACGUCCUCGUUUUCAAGGAAUGCUUGCCAAUGCAAAGUUUGCGCAGCCAACAACCACAACAACACAAGCGCCGUCUGGAUUCAAGUCCAUUCUUGACACUUUUCUAGGAACUGGCGGCAGCAGUGGAUCAGCUGGUGGAGGUGCGCCUGCUGACGAAUAUGAAAACUUACCACCACCACCAACUCCACGGCCACGACCACGUCAAAACCUGUUCGGACAAAUGUUCGGAGGAGGAGUAGGAGGAGGACAAGCAGUUGAUUCCAGAUUGAUGCCAACACCACCACCAACUACUACCACAACUACUACCGAGGCUACUCCAGUUCAGAGAAUCAUGAAUCUUUUUGUCCCUCAACCGGAACGCCCUCAACCGGAGCAAUCAUCCAGCAAAGGAAGAAUAAAUUUCCUUGAAAUGUUCGGACUCGCCAAACCAACCACAACCACCACUGCUGCUCCACCACUCCGCGCCCUCUUUGCACCGGAUAAACCUUACAGUGGAACUGCGGAAGAUUUUGAUGGAAUCAUGAAUGCUCUCCUUCGCACCAACGCCAAACCUGCUCGCCAAGAACCAUCAUCAAUCCUUUCUCAAUUUUUUGGAGGAAGAAAAUAA